UGCAUGGUGGUUGUAUGGUGAAGAAUCCAAGAUCAUAAGAUGUCAAUUGGUGGGGUCCGGAUAGAGGAGAUUAAUCAGGAGGUUGUUCCUCUCCUGUCCCAUGAUCGAGCAGACGUCCGGUUUCAGACUCUUGAUUUCUUCUUUGGACUUACUGGAUCCAAUGAUAACUUUACCUACUUCAGAGAUCAUGCUCUCUGCCUUGAGGCUAUAGCGCAAUUAACAAAAGAUUUGAAAAAUGAGAUUUCAAGAUUGGCCUACAAGACUUUAGUCAAUCUCUCGGCAGAUGAAGAAAUAUGCAAAACACUUUUGAAGCUUGAGAAACCGGAUGAUUUUAUUCAUACAUUAAUCCAAUAUGUUUUGAUUCAAGAAAGUGAACAUGCUGAUUUAGUGUGUUCAGUUCUUUGCAAUCUCACGCAUUGGGAAGGACCUGCCCUGGAGGUGGUGGAAAUCAUCAAAUCACAUGAAGACAUUGGCUUUGAUAAGAUUGUGCAAAUUCUCUGCACAAAAGAUUACAACAAAAAUGCAAGUCUAGAUCUACUGGCUUUGUUCUUGUCAAAUCUUUCUCAGAUAAUAGGAACCAGGCAAUACAUUCUUGAUAAAGAGAAGUGUGUCAUCCAGCGGUUACUACCUUUUACUGGUUAUCAAGGCUCUGUCAUCAAAAGACGUGGUGUUGUGGGGACGCUGAGGAACUGUUGUUUUGAAGCUGAUUAUCAUGAAUGGUUGUUGAGUGACAAAGUUGAUAUUCUCCCCUGCCUCCUUCUUCCGUUGGCUGGCCCAGAAACGUUUGAUGAUGACGAUAUGGACAAGCUGCCUCCAGACCUUCAGUAUCUUGAUGAUGACAAGACCCGUGAACCAGAAGCAGAGAUCAGGAAGAUGCUGGUGGAGGCAAUAUAUCAGUUAUGUGCAACAAAACAUGGCCGAAAAUACAUGAAAGAUAAGAAUGCUUAUGUAAUUAUUCGGGAGCUAGACAAGUGGGAGGAAGACAGAAUCGUUUCCAUAGCAAUCGAAAAACUUGUCACAAUCUUGAUUGGUGAUGAACCAGAGAGGGUACAUGAAAAUCUUCAAAACGUUGUUGUACCCGAACAUUUACAGAAACAAUUUGAUAUGGAAUCUGAAGACCUUAUGAAAGAGGAAAAAAUUCCGUAUCCUGAUUCAGAAGUGAUGUUGUUGAAUUGAGUCAAGUGAAUGGCAGAGUAUCUAAUGCUGUCCAAGAACUGUCCUUUUCUUGGUUUAUGUUAGUUGUUCAGGUCUCUCUAAUCAUUGGUCUAGCAUGAAUCAAGAAAUGAACAAUUUCAUUCUUAAUGAUGUAAACAACUGACAAAGAGCCAAGUCUUGGCCACGAUGCCAAACCUGAUGAUGGUGAAAGUGAUGCACAAUGUAGAUGAAUUAGUAUGACACGUGAAGAUAAUCUGGUAUCAUAUAUGAACACUUCAAGGUUACAUGUAGAUGUAACUAUACAUUGUACAUUUUACCUACUGCCAAUAAAAUACAUGUACAAGCAUAAA